AACAUGUACUGUCAAAUUUGUCAAUAAAAAAAAUGGCUGCUCAUUCAUGCAUUGUUGUGAAUUUUGCAAAUUAUUUGUUUUUAACUCAAGAUGGGUGAUUUGACCGCAUUAUUAUAAUUAAAUAGAUUUUUACCGCAAACAUAUUUUACAGAAGAAGUCAUUGGCUUCAUAAUAAAAUGUCUGCUGACAAGAUUGAUUCUAGGAGCUACGAGAUCGAUAAAAGUAAACGUCGUCAGAGAGCUGAGGACAGUGUUGCGACAGCGGCAAUGACCAGCACUGAAGAUACGUUACAGUGCGCGAAGAUGGAGAACGCAAGCGAAAGUGCGGGCAAGCCAACCGAGCUGUGUUUACAAGCCAGUGCACACUUGAUGUCGAGCACUACGAGUAGUUUAGCGGACACCCCUGGCGACUCUGGAGUGUUGUGCUUGGAUAGUGAGGACUCUGAAGUGACGAGCCAGGCGCUGAUGACGCACAGCCUGGUUGGCGCCGAGGAGCUGGCGUGCGACAGCCAGUGCGAGCCCGCGCCCGCCGCCGCGCACGACAUGACCAAGAGCAGCACCAGCAGCCUCAUGACUCGCAGUGACAUCGACAACCAGAACAUCGCAAUACCCGACGAAAUGGUCCCUGAACUAGUUGAAACACACAGCAAGUCACCAGUGUACGAAAACCUACCGGAUGUAGUAUUGAAGGCAUUGGAAAGCGAAAAAGGAUCUCCAAAAGAUACAGAUAAGUUGCCAAGGAGCUGUGAGCCCAAGAAAUCCCUGUCUGAAGAUAUUGUGUACAGGCGGAGGUGCCGUAAAAAGUCACAAAAUGCUGCCGGGUCACAAAAGAAACGAGUUUCAUUCCAUGAAGACAUAUUAAAUAAUACAAGGACUGACAAUAUUCACAUAGAAAGAGGCUUUGUGUCAUAUGGCCCUGAUAGCUCAUACUGUGAUAGAUUUAGGCAGAAGAAUAACAUCCAAACAGACAGGUUUUCAUGGUGUGCCUCCGGAGACAGAACACCCAAGUAUGCUGCAGAUGUGGCCCAGCAGACCAUGUCUGACAUACUCACAUAUGGAGACUCCAGCCAUGACAGAAGUGGGGUGUUUGAAUACUCGCAAGAGAGUGAUCUCAAACGUUCAGAACAAAAUGAACAAAUAGACCAAGAUAACAACAAUGAAUCUAGGCCACAGAGAAAGUUGUAUGGGUGUGAUUCUAAUAGCUCAGAUUCCAACUUUAGUUGUGAUUCAGAAACUUCUUCCAGUGAUUCCUCUUCUUCUCAUUCCAACAAAACUGAAGCUUCUCCAGUGCACAGGAAGGAUAAAGCUCAAAAGUCAUACUCUUGUGACUUUGAGAAUAAUCUUGUGCCUUUUAUGAGAAAAACUUAUUUUUCUGAAGCAGAUAUUGAUCAAUCCCAUGACAGGACUAAGGUACCACUAGAGGUGACACAGAGCCCAACCAGAGUAAAAUCAGUUUUGAAAAAGAACAGAUACAUCACAACCAACAUUGUUGAGGAAACAAAAAACAAAAACAAAGUUCUCAACAUUUUGGACACCAACAACAUAAUAGGAUCACUGAAAAGUUUCUACAAAAAUUUCAACUUUAAUUUUACAGCUGAAAAAGGGUUACCAGAAACUAGUUUAGAUAUGAACAAUGUUGUAGAAGCUCUGCCCUGUGAUGUUAAUCAGAACAGCAAGGCUUUAUCAAAGAGUCUGGACUCUGGUUUUCAAAUUGAAGAUGAAGAUGACUUUGUUGAAAUCAACCUGAAUGAUCAACCCACUGAGACUGAUAAGCCAAAGGAAAUGACAACUUCCCUGUGUUCUGUGGCAGGAGACAGAACUCCAAAUGAAGGCUCACCAAGGCACAAACUCUCACUUAACAUGAAAAGCCAACAUGACAAGAAGACUCCAGAAAUAUUUCCUACAGUCAACAAAUUUGUGGUUAACUGUGAGAGCACAGUCUAUGAACACAAGGGUGUAUCCUACAGCUAUGUACAUGACACAUUCCAGACUGCAUUUGAUGCACCCAAGCAGAGCUUUGUGCCAAUACCUGAAUCAACACCUAACCAGGAAAUGCCAAGCAGUAGCAAACUAGAGACACCUUCGAGAGCAGAUGAUGACACUUCUAGCAAAACAUCUACACCAAAGAGACAAUUUAAUAAAAAUGUGCAAGAUGAGAAAGACUGCAAGAAUGGUAUCCCAAAGCACUUGUGUUCCCCUAAGAAACAGAAUGUGAACAGAUACAGCAGAAAGUCAUCUUCAACUUCACAGAAGACCAAUGAAGAAGUCCCAAAACCCCAGGGCAACAGUGAUAACUGCUCCAACACUGACAACUCCACUGUAAAGGGGGAUGACUUCAAUGACGACUUUUUCGACAGCCCUUCUAGUCAGAAACUACAGUCAAACAAAUCAGCUUUACUCAACAGAUAUCUGAAGAAUGUAUGUCAAAGGAAAGACCUUGAACAGAAAAUAAAGAAUAACAAGUUCUUUCAAACUAAACUUAUAUUGGAGAAGAGGUUCCCUAGCAUCCUAUUCCCCAUGAAAGAUGUAUCUGAUACAUUCCAAUCAUCAGCAGCGAAGAUGUCUCGCUUGAUAGACAAAGAAGUAAUAGAGAAUAAGAGGUUAUCAGUGAGACUGCUGACUGCUGAUGAGCCAUCCUACUUUGACAGCUUUGAGGACAAUGUGGCUAUUGAAUGUUCUGAAAAGUUGAGGCUGCAAAUAUUCUCCUAUCCCAAUGAGAAACUAAACAGGAUGAUGAAAGUCCAAUCCCCUUACUCAAUGGAAGAUGGGUCUUGGGCGCCUCUGCUGGUUUUCAUCACCGACUACGCUCUAUAUGUCGCAGGGGUCAAGUCAGGGGGCACAGAGUAUGAUAUUCUAUGCAGACUACCCCACGAUGAACUGGAUGCUAUAGCUGUGGGCCCAGAAGCGCAGUACAUCCAAGUGCUAGACAUGUCCGGCAACAUGGCGUGUUCAGUGGUGACCUGUGAGUCGUCGCUCGGGGCGCGACUGGCAUCCUCACUGGAAUGGUCGGCCCGUACGUCGCCUCUACGCAUCCAGAGACCACCGGCUAUAUUGCCGCUGCAGUGCAGGCAGCUAGCGGCCGCCGUGGCCAGGCUGCAGCAUGAGAAACGGAUCCCGGAGCUCCUAUUCUACGGGCGAGUCUGCUCGGGCGACGCGUGCGACCGCCUCAUCGACGCGCCCGGCGCCUUCGCCCCGCCUCUGGAAGGAUACCUGAUGUGCCGCACGGAGCGGGCUAAGCGCUUCGAGCCCUACUACUUCUUGUUGCGAGCGGGAGUCCUCCACUGGGGCGCACACUCACCAGACGGCUCAUCCCCUCUGCCCAACAACAUCAACCUACGCACAGUAUUAGGAGUCAGACGACACGUAGACUCGUCCAACCGACCGCAUUGCUUCGAGAUUGCGCCAAGAGACUCUAGUAGACUGUUGCUAGCGGCCCCUGAUGAGCCGACCGCUUCGUCGUGGCUGCAGUCGCUUCUGUUGCAUGCUGCGCAGGCACUAGAAGAGAAGGACGGCGUGAAAGCCGCGAAGCUGACCGGCCCCCCGCCCGCGUGCUCCGUGCUGGUGACGUCACGCCUCGUGCUGAGCGUGCGCGAGACGCCGGACCUGCCGCUAGUGGCCGCCGCCGCGCCCUAUCUACGAGACAAGGGCGCCGAGACACUGCUCACAGAAUACAUAGCGGAGAUGAACACGGAUGUGGAGAUAUUGGCGUGCGGCUCCAUCAAGAACUUGACUGCGUUUAAAAUACCCGACACGGAUGAAAACUGGUGUUGUCUGGAGUGGAGCGUGUGCGAGGCGCGCGAGCGCGGCGCGGGGCUGGCGCUGGUGUUCGCGAGCGGCGCCGAGCUCGAGCGGUUCAUCGCCGCCGUCGAGAAGGCGUUCUGCGCUCUCACUAGCGAGCCCUUCCCUCUGAGCGUGGUGGAUGGGUCGAAGUCAGCUUGCAGCGCCGCGCACGCCAAGUAUGAAGCCGCCUGGUCGCACAUGCUGCCCAAUCAGUAGAUUUUCUGCCCAAUCAGUAAAUUUGCUGCCCAAUCAGUGAAUGUGCUGCCCAAACAGUACCUGUAUCGCAAGCUAACUACUCUAGGUAUCAGGUAUACGGCGUUAUAGCGUAACUACGAUUAUGUAGAUGUAGGGAUAAAAGGUCACCAAAGGCUUCACUAGAUAUACUUAAUGCUAAAAAAGUAGCACAUAUAACAUGGCCGCAUGCGUAAUACCUAAGUACAUAUACUCUUUUGCAUUCUGUUCAAUAAUUUUCUGAUAUAAUUCCAUCUAGUUUAGUCUAUUUGGUACCCAGACAUUUUGCCACAUUCUUCAUAAUCGUUGUAGAGCUAUGAUGUUCGCUAAAUAUCUUGCCGUUUAAUAUAAAUAUACGAUAGAUGAAUGAUUGAAUUUUAUUCAAAACUUCAUUCGUUCAUUUUAGCUGAACUUAAUUAAGAUUUAGAUUCAGGGCGGGUACCGGAAUAAGUAGAUAUGAAAUGGAAAUAAUUCUGAUUCCACAGAUGUGGUCUUAUUAUAGACAAGUUUUCC